AUGAAAAAGCAAAGGUUUAGAGAGACAUUGAAGUCUUUCUUUGAGCCUCAUUUUGAUCAUGAGAAAGGUGAAAUGCUUAAAGGCACUAAAACUGAAAUAGAUGAAAAGGUGAAGAAAAUCUUGGGAAUAGUUGAGAGUGGAGACAUCGAUGAAGAUGAAUCUAAAAGACAGGUGGUUGCAGAGUUAGUGAAUGAAUUCUACAACGAAUACCAGUCUCUGUAUCGCCAGUACGAUGAUCUAACUGGAGAGAUUAGGAAAAAGGUCAACGGGAAAGGAGAGAGCUCCUCUUCGUCAAGCUCAGACUCGGAUUCUGACCAUUCUUCUAAGAGGAAGACUAAGAGAAAUGGAAAUGGAAAAGUAGAGAAAGAUGUAGAGUCGGUAACAGGUGCCUUGAAGCAACAAAUCGAAGCUGCUAAUCUUGAAAUUGCUGAUCUGAAAGGGAAGUUGACUGCGACUGUUGAAGAAAAAGAAGCAGUAGAUUCUGAGCUUGAAGUAGCUUUGCUGAAGUUUAAAGAAUCAGAAGCGAUUAGCAAUAAUUUGAAACUCGAAACUGAGAAGUUAGAGGGUGAAAAGACAACAGCUCUGACUGAUAACAAGGAACUGCAUCAGAAACUGGAAGUCGCUGGCAAAACAGAAACCGAUCUGAACCAGAAGUUAGAAGAUAUUAAAAAAGAGAGAGAUGAACUGCAAACUGAAAGAGACAAUGGUAUCAAAAAAUUUCAAGAAGUUGAAAAAGUUGCAGAAGAUUGGAAAAGAACGAGUGAUCAGCUCAAAGGUGAUGCUUCUAAUUUCAAGCAGCAGCUAGAAGCAUCGGAGCAGCGAGUUUCGGAGCUGACCAGUGGUGAAGAUUGA